AUGACCGACCUUCCACAAUACGCCCACGCGGUGAAGCCGCAGUACACGGUGGCGCACAAUCCGAGUUUUACGGUGGGCCAGCGUGUGGACGCGACGGAAGACGGGAAGACGUGGAUUGAGGGCGAGAAGGCGGGGUGGAAAGUGGUGGACACCGCUGCUGUAGAGCCUCUAGUGCAGUAUCAGCUCAUGAUUAGCGGCAUCGUCCCGCGUCCCGUCGCGUUUGUGUCAAGCAUUGGUGAAGAUGGCGUGGAGAACCUGGCGCCUUUCAGCUGGUUUAACAUGGUCACCCACAAUCCUCCUGUGAUUUCUAUCUCAGUAGCGUCGAACCCGACGACAAAGACGGGUCUGAAGGACACCGCAGCGAACAUCAAGGCGACGAAAGGCUUCGUCGUCAACAUCAUCAGCGAGACGUUCGUCGAGAACGCAAACUUCUCAUGCAUCGACGCGCCGACGGAAGUGAGCGAGUGGCCCCUGACGGGCUUGACGAAGGUGCCCAGUGACGUCGUCAAGCCUCCGCGUGUGAAGGAGAGCGCGUUCAGCAUGGAAUGCGAGCUCUUCCAAACCGUGGACAUCAUCCAUCCCGAGACGAAGAAGCACACGACGACGCUCGUGCUGGGUCUUGUGAAGCGUAUCCACGUCCGCAACGACACGCUGAACGAGCGCGGGAACGUGGACAUCACGAAGCUGCGACCCAUCUCGCGCAACGGAGACAUCUCGUACGCGCGUGUCGGCGACUCGUUCCGCAUUCCGCGCCCGGCGUGGUCGGUCGAGGGCGAGAAGAUUGGGGAGUUCUUGAAGGGGGUCGCCGAGUCGGGCAAGCUUUAA